CGAUGGUGAGGCAGCUUAAUCUUAAUCGAGUCCUGCGAAUCUAGCCUUUAUGAGUAUAUCUUCAAGGCAAUAUUUUAAUAGCAGCAAAAUACGAAUCUGAUCUGUACCGCACUAUAAACAACUUCCACCAUCCUUUCUGUAAACGAUAAUUUGAUAGCGUAUAUAUUGUGUAGGCAGAUCUGAGGAUUUGGCUCAAGAUUAUGUUUGAAUUUGUUAAGAGUAACGCCGCGGAAUUCUUCUAUUUUUAAAUACGUCCCUUGAGGAAAUAUCAAGUAUUCUUGUGCUGAGGUAACCGUCAUCCUGGAGUGAAUCAUCUUAGUGCUGGAUUAUACUCAGAUCGGUAUACGUAUCCGACAACUUAUGUCAGGUGUUUAUAAAUUCAAGAGUGAUUCUCAGUGGGAUCUGGAUGAAAAUGUGGAAGAUGUUGACUAAUUUUUCUUCAAUGUGUAAUAAGCUGAUAAUGCCUGUUGAAGUAGGGGAAAUCAAGCAGGAACCAUCCAUGUCUGUAGAAGGAUCAGACAUGGAACACAUCAGUGAUAAAUCGAUCGACCAACCGCAGGACAUUGAGGAAAAACUACCCUUAGCGGAGGAGGAGAGUAAUGUUACUAAGCCCCCUAGUGAGAAUUUUGAACUGGGCAAUGAUAUUUCAAGCAGGGACACCUUAGAAUUCGACAUGAAAGAAAAAGAAAAUUUUUUAUCUAGUAGACUGAUCGAAGUGGAGGGAGAUGAUUCGGCGACGGAAAGUUUGCAGACUCUUGAAGAGGAGCAGGAAGAGCCCCAUGAUAGGUCCGACGGUUCAGACUCAGGUCUGGGGUCAGAAAUUUGCGAGGAAAGACAGGAAAUAACAUCAACCGACGCCCUGGAAUGCAGCGAUUCGGAAGCGUCAUUUUUUCCACGAAUGCCCAUCGAGAGUACCAUCGUUGACCGUUUUUCGGAAAUCGACGCCGACGUCCAAGAACCAUCGGACAUCGCCCAGGCUGAGAAAGGAAUCCCUAAGAGCACUGAGGACAUGUUGAAAGUACAACCCAAGAAGAGCAACUUGAAGAGGAAACUCCCAGUCGAUGACGACUCCGGUCCUAAGAUCAAGAAAAAACGCGGUAUAAGUUUUGACAGCGUUACUGUGUAUUAUUUCCCGAGGGCACAAGGUUUCACUUGCGUCCCUUCCCAGGGGGGUUCCACUUUAGGGAUGGGAGCCUACCACACUCACUCCAAGAAAUUCACGAUCGUGGAACACGCCAAUGAGCAGCGGAGGAUACACCGUCAGUUGAUGCAGCAGAUGCGGACCAAAAACGGCACUGCUUCGAAUGCGGCUGCUGCAACAUCCAGUGAAGAGAGCGAGAGUGAAGAAGAACCAAGUGACGCCUCUGAAUCCGAAAUGGACAUCGAUAAUUAUUACUUCUUACAACCUGUACCGACGCGACAAAGAAGAGCCCUUCUCAGAGCGGCUGGGGUUAGGAAAAUCGAGACUUACGAAAAAGACGACUGCAGGGUUAUAAGAAUGUCCAGGGAAUUUUGCGGGUGCGGUUGUAAAGGUUACUGCGAUCCUGAGACUUGUUCCUGCAGCCAAGCCGGCAUCAAAUGCCAAGUUGAUCGCUUGAAUUUCCCCUGUGGAUGCUCCAGAGACAACUGCGCCAAUUCCUCAGGUCGAAUCGAAUUCAACCCGGUAAGGGUGCGCACGCAUUUCAUCCAUACCCUGAUGCGGCUAGAACUCGAGAAGAAGCAAGAGAACGAGGAGGCUCUAAAAUCGGAAAAAAAAGAUUCGAACUGGAUGGAAAACGAACGGAUAAAUAUCGAAUACAAAGAGGAAAAAUCGAAAAACUGCAGGAUAAUGAAAUUCUCCAACGGUCCGGACGCGAGGAACGAGCUAGGGGUGGAAAGCUGCAUCCACGACGGCAGUUUCACGAAUCUACAUUACGGGGCGCCCGGGGAAGGCCCCGGGGGGCUGAACCCCCAAGGUUUCAGCGAUCUACCUGCACGCAGCGAUUCCCUAGACCUGUACUCUUUCAGGGAGGACUGUUACGGGGAGGAUUCGACACAAGACGGGAGCGCAGUCGAUAUAAAGCAUCCCUACUCGUCUACAACCCCGGUCUCGGGUCACGGGUUUCAGUUUUCCGAUACCCGGUAUUCCGACGGAGUUUUCCUGGCCGGCACCUCUCAGUACUCCGCCCCCCAUUCGACCAAUCAAUACUCGCCGUCUCCAUACCAUCCCGGUUUCACCGAUUUCAACGCGGUUUUCAACCCUUAUCCCAUGUACGGGGAGUUUCAGGGGGACAGUCAGAAAACGGCCGAACAGAAUUUCUCCACACCGAGUUGUAGUUAUGAACAGUUGUUGCCUACUAACGAGGGAUUCAGCUCGGAAAAUUCCGAAUCGAAGGAAAAUCAAUACACCUGUUUGAAUCCGGUAGUAGAGACGAAUAAUAAAGCGGAAUCCUUCGCCGAACUCAUACACGGGCGUUAUAACAGUUUUUCGUCCUUCAACGAGAACUUCGUUAUGAACGGUUCGCAGGAUGUAGUUGAGAAUGGCGAUGGUCAUAAGGUUGUUACCGAAAAUGCGGAAAAUACGAACAAUACGACAGAGUGCGCGGAAAAUUUCGGAGAGAUAAUCAAAAAAUCUAUUGUAGAAACGGUUUCUGCUUAGUCCCUUUAAAUUAUCAAAUUAUUACGUUUAUUAGUGAUUAUUGUAAAUGAGAUUUAUAUAAAUUGUAGAGAAUAUUGGAUUAAAAGUGUUUUAAUAAA